CAAACCAACUGGUUUUGACAAAAUCCAAUGGAUGAUGGAAUCUGCUAUAAUACACACCCAACCAACAAUCAAACCAACCAGUUCACACAUCCCUAGAACCUCAUGCAAAGCCACAACUUUCAGAUAAUGGGUCUAUAGUUUCAGAUUUUGUGCUGCAAACCAGUGGUGCUUUUUGGGUGUUUGUUUUGCUAUAAGAGUUUGAAGACUGGGGGUCAUUUCUCAUUUGGGUUGUGUGUGCGCUUUAGGGAGAUGGGUGUGAUGGGAGAUACGUUUACUCAGCUUCUGAUACCUGUUGCUGCCUUGGUGGGAAUUGGGUUUGCUCUGUUGCAGUGGCUUCUGGUGUCUAAGGUUAAGGUUUCUGCUGAUUCUGACCUCAACAAUGGGUACAGCGAUAGGUUGAUUGAAGAAGAGGAGGAGGGUAUUGACCAUGAGGAUGUUGCUGCUAAGUGUGCUGAGAUUCAGAAUGCCAUCUCUGUUGGGGCAACCUCAUUUCUGUUUACCGAGUAUAGGUACCUUAGCAUCUUCAUGGGUGUUUUUGGUGCCAUCAUUUUCCUCUUUCUCGGUUCAGUUAAGGGCUUCAGCACCAAAAGUGAGCCUUGCACUUAUAACACAGGCAGUCUAUGUAAACCAGCCUUGGCAAAUGCUCUGUUUAGCACAAUUGCCUUCUUGCUUGGUGCUAUGACCUCUGUCCUCUCGGGUUUUCUUGGCAUGAAGAUUGCAACCUAUGCCAAUGCACGAACAACUCUGGAAGCAAGGAAGGGUGUCGGGAAGGCAUUCAUAGUAGCUUUUCGCUCUGGUGCUGUGAUGGGGUUCCUACUUGCUGCCAGUGGACUCUUGGUUCUGUAUGUGUCCAUCCAUUUAUUUAGUCUGUACUAUGGAGAUGAUUGGGAGGGACUUUAUGAAUCUAUUACUGGUUAUGGCCUUGGAGGCUCUUCAAUGGCACUCUUUGGAAGAGUUGGGGGAGGUAUAUACACAAAAGCAGCCGAUGUUGGUGCUGACCUUGUUGGAAAAGUUGAACGAAAUAUCCCUGAAGAUGAUCCACGAAACCCAGCUGUUAUUGCCGACAAUGUGGGUGACAAUGUAGGAGACAUUGCUGGGAUGGGGUCUGACCUGUUCGGGUCUUACGCUGAAGCAUCCUGUGCUGCUCUCUUUGUUGCAUCAAUAUCGUCCUUCGGCAUCAGUCAUGACUACACAGCCAUGUCUUUUCCUUUGAUUAUAAGUUCAGUUGGGAUUGUGGUUUGCCUGGGAACAACGCUUUUUGCAACUGAUUUCGUUGAGAUUAAGAAUGUUAGUGAGAUUGAGCCGUCCUUGAAGAGACAACUUCUCAUCUCAACUAUUCUGAUGACUGCUGGGAUUGCUGUAGUCAGCUUCUUUGCCCUACCAUCAGAAUUCACUCUCUUUAACUUUGGAAGCACAAAGACCGUAAAGAACUGGCAUCUCUUCUUCUGUGUAUCAAUUGGCUUGUGGGCUGGACUUGUUAUUGGAUAUAUUACUGAGUAUUACACUAGCAAUGCUUACAGUCCAGUGCAGGAUGUGGCUGAUUCUUGCAGGACUGGUGCUGCAACAAAUGUGAUUUUCGGGUUGGCUCUGGGAUACAAGUCUGUCAUCAUUCCAAUAUUUGCCAUUGCCAUUGCUAUCUAUGUGAGUUUCAGCAUGGCUGCCAUGUAUGGAAUUGCAGUGGCAGCUUUGGGAAUGCUCAGCACUAUCGCUACCGGGCUUGCCAUUGAUGCGUACGGCCCCAUAAGUGACAAUGCUGGUGGUAUUGCUGAAAUGGCUGGAAUGAGCCACAAAAUACGUCAAAGAACUGAUGCUCUGGAUGCUGCUGGAAACACCACUGCUGCCAUUGGCAAGGGUUUCGCUAUUGGAUCAGCUGCUCUUGUUUCUCUUGCUCUGUUUGGUGCCUUUGUGAGCAGAGCAGGGAUCGAGACUGUUGACGUCUUGACUCCAAAGGUCUUCAUUGGGUUGAUCGUAGGAGCCAUGCUUCCAUACUGGUUCUCAGCCAUGACAAUGAAGAGCGUGGGAAGUGCCGCUCUAAAAAUGGUCGAAGAGGUCCGCCGCCAGUUCAAUACUAUUCCAGGGCUGAUGGAAGGAAGAGCAAAGCCAGACUAUGCUACCUGUGUCAAGAUCUCUACUGAUGCUUCUCUCAGGGAGAUGAUCCCACCUGGUGCCCUGGUCAUGCUUACUCCACUCAUUGCCGGAACUCUCUUUGGAGUUGAAACUCUUGCUGGAGUUCUUGCUGGUUCACUGGUUUCUGGUGUCCAGGUUGCCAUAUCAGCUUCCAACACAGGUGGGGCAUGGGAUAAUGCAAAGAAAUAUAUAGAGGCCGGUGCUUCUGAGCAUGCUCGGAGUCUAGGCCCCAAGGGGUCAGACCCCCACAAGGCAGCUGUGAUAGGUGACACAAUCGGCGAUCCCCUCAAGGACACCUCUGGCCCUUCACUCAACAUCCUGAUCAAGCUCAUGGCGGUCGAGUCCUUGGUCUUCGCUCCGUUCUUCGCAGCUCAUGGCGGCCUGCUGUUCAAAUUGCUCUGAACCUGAGCCGUUCUUUGGUGGAGUUGAUCAGUGAUGAAGCAGCAAUGUGAAAUGAACUGCAGUAAUGUUAACUGAACUUUUCUUGUAAUUUGUAGUUCUAAGAUGUAAAAAAAUGGACAAACAAGGUGGGGGGGACACGGCUUAACGAGCGAUGAUCCGCAAUUUUACUUCGAAUAAAUAAGUUUAUGUGCA